AUGUUGAAAUUAGUAUCAGCAAGACCGUUUAAUAAAUUAUAUCCUUCUACCUUAUCUAAAAGAUUCAAUCAUGUUUCAUCAAUAAACAGCGAGAAUACUUUGACAAAUGAGAGUAUUGUUAAUAGACUUAAAUCACUGAGAUACGUUAAUACUGAUGAAGAACAAAAUAUUAGAAAUUUACUUAAUCAACCAUUAAAUGAUAAGGAAUUACAAUUAGACGAAGAAUUGACAAAGUUUUUGGAGGAAUUUAAACAUUUAAAGGAACAACAACAGCAAGUCCUUGCUAAUAAUAACAACACCAACAGGUCUCUAACAGGUCCUUUUACCACUUCUUCUACGACUGCAUCUACUACCACUCCUUUCCCCUAUCUAAAAUCAGUUUCUAAAUCAAACGAACCAUAUUCUUUACAAGAAUUAUAUUUAAGACAAUUGAACCAUGCAAGGGUAUCAGCUUCUUUGGGUGCCCAAAUUAAAGACACCUACCAACCUCACAUGGAUAUAACAUGUCCACCUUCUGUAGAGGAGACCACUAUACAAAAAUUGAUGGCUGCUAACGUCCAUCUGGGUCAAUCAACUUCUCUGUAUAGAUCCUCUACACAAAGUUUCAUCUAUGGUGAAUAUAAAGGCUUACAUAUAAUCGACUUGAAUCAAACUUUGCAAUAUUUGAAAAGGGCAUGUUCUAUUGUAGAGGGGGUAGCAGAGAAUGGUGGUAUCAUCUUACUGUUAGGCACAAGACCUCAGUGGAAAGUCCCAUUACAAACAGCUGCAAGAAGAAUGAAUGGUUAUUUUGUUUCUACCAGAUGGAUUCCGGGAACUCUCACUAAUCCAACUGAAUUGUCACGUAUAUGGGAUAAACAAGAAAUCGAUCAAUUCGAUGUUCCUACUGGCAGGACUUUGACUAAUGAUGAAAUGUCAUGUAUUGUUAAGCCAGAUUUGUUGAUUGUUUUGAAUCCUACUGAAAAUAGAAACGCUUUAUACGAAGCAAUGAAAACGAGGGUUCCUACUAUCGGUAUCAUUGACACUGAUUCGGAACCAUCAAUGGUCACUUAUCCAAUUCCUGGUAAUGAUGAUUCUAAUAGAUCUGUUAAUCUACUAUUAGGUAUACUUUCAAGGGCUGGUGAAAGAGGAUUGAAUAAAAGAUUGAAAAAAAAUAUGAUGAAAGGAAAGAAUAGUGAUGAUGCUACAAUAUGA